AUGGAAAAGAUGUACAACAGCAACAAAAUAUUUUACCUUGGUAUAUCAUGUUUCCUUCUAUUUCUUGGACGAGUUGGGUCUGUGUCCUUCUGUGGCGGAUUUUGCGACUGUUAUCAUCCUCAUAUUAGCUGCUUUGGGGUUGAUUUCAUAAAGGCAUUAAAUCACCCCUUACCCGAUGAAAUAGCAAACAGUACCACUUCACUUGAAAUUUUAUUUUUUGGCAAGACCUUGAGGCUCGACAAUGACACUUUCAAACGCUUUCAUGCUUUGGAUACCCUAGUUAUAGAGCAAGUCACUGUCACUUUCUUGAGUGAAUAUGUUUUUGAGGAUCUUGAUUGUUUACAGUACCUCCGUUUGACAUAUACUGGUCUGAAGACAAUUCCAACUACCGAGCUUUCCCAUCUAACUUCAUCUCUUGCAAAAUUACAUCUGGUUUUUCAGAAAUUUUCAAAUAUUCCGGCAAAUUCGUUUGUACAGCUUGGAAAUCUUCGUGAGAUGACCAUCAAGUACAAUUUAUAUUUUCUAGAUAUAUCUGUUAAUGCCUUUGCCGGUCUUACAAAUUUAAAUUACCUUUCUUUGUGUGAAAAUGGCAUCCGAUCAUUACACAACACUACUUUCAUGGAUUUGACAAGUUUACAAGAAUUGGACCUGAGUCGCAAUUCAAUUCUUGCUGUUCCGACUGCACUUGCUGCUCUAAAGUCUCUCAUAAAGUUAGACCUAUCAUAUAAUCACCUCCUGCAAAAUACAAGUAAUCUUCAAUUCUUGGUUGAAAUGCCAGCACUCCAGAUCCUCCAGAUGGGAUACUGUGCAAUUUCUGAAAUGUCGCCAGAUGCUGUUGACAACCUCAAGGCAUCUAAUUUAACUGCUGCAAAUUUCGAUGGAAACCCAUUUAACUGCACAGAAGGCCUUUGCUCUUUUGUAAUUUGGUACGCGAGCAUGCCCGAACUAAGUACAACCACGAGGAGCCCUCUCUACAUACCUUUCGUAACUCUAAGUCCUCCACCAGGAAAGGGACCAUACCGCUGUGAGACCAGUGGACUGACCUUCCAAGACUUCCUGAAAGAGUCAUGUUUACCAACUCCUGAUGACUCUUUGACAACCACUUCUUAUCCACUUAACCAUCCGACACCAUUGCAAAGGAUAGCAGUUGGUGUUAUCUGUAUUGUCUUUCUCCUUGUAAUAGUGUCCGUCAUAAUAUGGCAAUAUAGACUGAAGCGAAAUCGUCAUCACUUUGGAUUCAAUUUCCAGCGACGUGCUGAUUACGGAGCCGUUCAGGAAGAUGACAAUGAAUAUAUGUUUGAUGCCUACAUAAGCCACCAUGAAGACGACAGGCCAUUCGUCCAAGAUGAGAUGCUUCAUCGCCUUGAGGACGAGAACGGCUUUGAUCUCUGCGUCUCCUUCCGCAACUUCCGUCUGGGUUCUAACCUCCUAGAAAACGUAUCUUCUGCACAGGAUGUUAGUCGUGCCAUCAUAUUUAUCAUCAACGAACGCUUCAUGCAGAAUGGUCAGUGCAAGCUGGAGCUGGAGAUGGCUUCAAGGAGGAUGCUAGAAGAUGAUGAGGAGAAUGGAAGACGGCGUCUCAUCCUCAUCAUGAUGGAUGUCCUGGCUCUAGAGCUGGUAAACAACACCCUAAGGAUGCUUCUCAACCAUGUGGCUUACCUCGAGUGGGACCCUGUCGCAGAAGACAGAUGUUGGGGGCAGCUUGUUGCUACCCUUCGUGCCAUGGUGCCGAUGCGGAAUGAUCAAAACGAAGAGGGCAUUGCUUACUAA